AAAAGAGUUGCUUGUCUGGAUGUAGGGCAUGCUAUGACCGCAUCUGUGCUGCUACAUUCACACUGGAUUGACCCGGUGAUGUUUCUUUACGACAGCGCCCUGGAUGACAGAAGCAAAAAUAUGGAAACUUUCCCUGGAGGCAACUUUACUGCAAGUCAAUGCAGGAAUCUGUUAGCGCAUCCAACUUCUUUGGCUCCCAGCACCUACACGAGCGACGUGCCAGUGUCUGGCAUGGGUGAGCCUGGGAAGCAGUGCAGUCCCUGCUCAGCCACCCAGAGCUCUCACAACGCCUCUUUGCCUUAUGGAUACUUUGGCAGCAGUUAUUACCCGUGUCGAAUGUCCCACGGUAGCGUAAAGACCCAGGCCUCUGCAUAUGCGGACAAAUACGUGGACUCUCCCUUGUCCGGGGAUGACUUCUCAACUCGGGCCAAAGAGUUCUUUUAUCAGGGAUACUCCUCGACUCCUUACCAACCCAGCUACCUGGAUGUGCCAGUGGUGCCCGCACUCAGUGCGCCAUCAGAGCCCAGACAUGAGCCUCUGCUGCCAAUGGAGACGUACCAGCCUUGGGCCAUCACAAACAGUUGGAGUGGUCAAGUUUACAGCGCCAAGGAGCAACCUCAAGCAAACACGUUGUGGAAGCCCUCUCUGCAAGACAGUGUUCCUGGAGGGGACAGUUCCUUGCGUCGCGGGAGGAAGAAGCGUGUGCCCUACACUAAAGUGCAGCUCAAAGAACUUGAAAGGGAGUACGCCACCAAUAAAUUCAUCACCAAAGAUAAACGGAGGAGGAUAUCCGCGCAGACAAACCUGACAGAGAGACAGGUGACGAUCUGGUUUCAAAAUAGGCGAGUGAAGGAAAAGAAAGUUGUUAAUAAGUUCAAGAGCUCUGGUUAGCUCUGCACGGGUGCAAGUUUAUCAAAAACUGUUUGACUAAUUUAUUUAGAAAGAACACUUAACGUCGCUGCGGCUCCGUUUGACCCUCGCGUUUCCUUCCUGCUUUAAUUGGAACCAGUCUCUGCGGCCUGUUGACACUGGACGGAAAUGGGCUGCAACAGUUUGACCAAAGGCCAUUCUGCGAGGGAUGCAUGUUCUCAUUAUGCAGGACUGAGCAAACUAUUAGAGUGAAGCCUGGACACCGGAGACCCCCAGUGCAGAGCGACUUUACAUCCCCAAAGUAGCCCUUAAAAACACGCACAGGGUUUUGACUUUUGUGCACAUUAUAUUUUGUUUUUGGAACUUUUCACAGGCCAUGCAUG